AUGAAGAAAAAGUUACAGCCUGAGGAUGACAGAGAACUUGAAAUUCUCAAGGCUGUGGCACAAGCUUGGUACAGCUACUCCAGAGGCUCUAGGCCCACGUCCGAAUUUGAUGCUCACCGGAGAAAUUUCAGAGGCAGAUUACCGUCUCGGUUCAAGCUCGAAGCGAUGAGAAAGUCUACAUCAGCUAGUAAUCAGGCUAGUGGAUAUGCAGCAUGGGACUUUGGGCAGUCACUAUGGGAUGCUUAUGAGAUUGUGGCUGUGUCCAAAAGGUUAGAGACUGGGUUAUUCGUUGAUGAAAAUCCAUUCAAUCAGCUGGAUAGUCCGCCCCGAGUCAUUAGGAGGCGUAGGGAGAGCAAGCACAGCCUCAGAAGUUUGUUUGAUAAAAUGUCUUCGAGGAGAUUUAAUGAGGCUGAUGUUCCACCUGAUAAUGAUACUUAA